AUGUCUUUCUUUCGAUCGGCUAAAGGAGCCGUACAAGCGUACAGAUCGGCCCCGUUUUUCCAAAGAGCCCGCUUCUCUACAUGCUUCAUUCCUCUAAAACAAGUCCGUUAUCCUCCUCGGCCCAUGUGGCUCAUCAAGGAAGACGAAAUCGAAGAGAAGUUCAUCAAGGGAGGAGGCCCAGGCGGGCAGAAAAUCAAUAAAUGCAAUUCAAAAGUUCAAUUGACACAUAUUCCCACCGGAAUCGUGGUCAACUCUCAGCAUCUGCGAGAACAGAGCAAGAACAGGCAAAUGGCAAGAGAACUAUUGGCGUUACGGUUGGAACAACUCCAGGAUCCCGAAAACUGUAGGCUCAAAUUCAUCGAGGAUCAGAAAAUAAAACAGAAAAGAAAUAAGUCCAGAAAGUCCAACAAGAAGAGAAAGGCGGCCAUGGAGACUCCCGAUACAGAGGAUGCUCCACAAGAGUCUCUAGAACCAAUCGAUAUUGAAGCUGAGCUCGACAUGCUCAUCCAGAAACACACCAGUUCCGAUCUACAGAAUGAUAGUCGGGAGAAAACCCUGUAA